AUGACUACUGCCGUGCGUUCGCAGGAUCUCAAUCUCGAGACGGCCGUUGAGGCAUGCGGGACAUGCCACGAGAACGUGACGUGCAGCAUCUGCACGGAGCCUUGCAAUGACCCCUCACCGAAAUGUGUCUCUGCAGGGUCGAACAGGCCCACAGUGGGGGAAGAAGUGGUUAAGACUGCAGUCUGUAGUCACUACUUCCACCGCAAGUGUCUCAUGGCCUGGUUGACUAGCGCAUCGCCGACCCUGAAUACAUGUCCCAACUGCCGUGGCGUACUGUUCGGGUCAACUGCGGUGUCUCAGCGGGUGCACAAUCUUCUCUCGGCAGAUGGUGACAUUGCUCAAACACGCGCAGAGGUUGAAGCGCAGUUCAGGUCGCGGUGGGAUAGAAACCCCCCGGCCCCCCCGUUCGCUAUGCUGACUGACUACGACGAGGAUCCUGGGGUUAUGCUUAUCCAAGGCAGCAACGAUGAUAUCUUGGUGUGGAUUUCGCGGCGGUAA